GCAUAGUAGAAUUGCUCUGGAAUUAAUUCUUCUUCUACAACCUUUGGUUUUGAGUGCGGUUACAAUAACGCAUUGGAGAGGGGACCCUAACGACUUUAUCAACCAACCUUAAUUAAAUGUGAAAAAUGUGAAAGGGGUCACAUGCUUUGGAACGAGAUGGCGAAGGGAGGAUGCCCAAACAACUCCGAGUUAAGAAGAGACAUAACAGAUGAUUCCAAUCGCCACACCUUCGCAGCUAUAUAUCAGCCGCAGGCGGAGCUGCCAGUAGCAGCAGCAACAGUAUACUUUCCUUUCUUCUUCCCCACUUAUGCCGUCUCUUUCCUUUGAGAAAUCGUUGGAUUCCUCACCGUCGGCUGCUGGAGAAUUCUCAUUGUACCCACUUCCGUUUUCCGUCGGUGGAGCUUUUCUCUCCCCGGCGGUCUGAUUCCCCCCGGCCUUUUCGCUUUCUGGGUCGGUUUCCCUUUUUCACCCUUUUCAUUCUACUGGCGUUUUAUUACCUCGGUGAAGGAAAAGUGGAGACAGUGGUAAUGGAGAAGCAAGUGAAGGAGGAACAAGAGGGUCCUACUGCUUGAUUUUCUGGCCUGCAAUAAACUGUUUCCCUUGUCCUUUUUUUCCCCCUUUAUGUGGUGGAGGUUUCUUGUAAUUAGUAUUCCAGGCCCAUGUUCUUCUUCAUAAUCAUCAGAACCCUUCUGUUUGUUGAGGCAAAAUUUAUUCCUGUUCUGCUGAGGAAAGGGGUAGGAAAUUAAGCUGCUGCUGCUUUUUCCUCUUGGAGCUUCAAAAGGGGGAAGGACUGGAUCUCUGCGCAGUAUCAUAUGAGGAUACCUUUUGCUCUAGCAGAUGUCCUUCUGGUACUUGCUUUCCUCUCCCCUGCUCCUUGGGCUGUCAAUGGUGGCAGCUCAUACUGCAAAGGAGCCACCCCAGAUAUCAGCCGGCCUCACAGUGUCACCAUUACUGAAUUUGGUGCAGUUGGAGAUGGGGUGACACUAAACACCAAGGCAUUUCAGAAUGCCAUCUUCUACAUCAAUUCCUUCGCUGACAAAGGUGGAGCUAAACUCUUCGUUCCUGCUGGGCGGUGGUUGACUGGAAGUUUUGAUCUCAUUAGCCAUCUGACACUGUCGUUGGAUGAAGACGCAGUCAUUCUUGGAUCGACGAAUUCUGAUGAUUGGCCAGUCGUUGACCCUCUACCAUCAUAUGGCCGAGGGAGGGAGUUGCCUGGUAGGAGGCAUCGUAGCCUCAUUUAUGGUUCAAAUUUGAUGGAUGUCAUUAUAACAGGCAACAAUGGAACUAUUGAUGGUCAAGGUGAUGUUUGGUGGAAUUGGUUUCACGACAAAACCCUUAACUACACGCGCCCUCACUUGGUUGAGUUAAUUAAUUCUACUGGUGUAGUCAUCUCAAACUUGACAUUUCGAAAUUCGCCUUUCUGGACAAUUCAUCCUGUUUAUUGCAGCCAAGUGGUUGUUCAGAAUGUCACAAUCCUUGCUCCUCUGGAUUCACCAAACACUGAUGGAGUUGAUCCAGAUUCUUCUAGCGAUGUUUGCAUUGAGGACUGCUACAUUAGUACUGGUGAUGACCUAAUUGCCAUUAAAAGUGGGUGGGAUGAGUAUGGUAUAUCAUAUGGUCGCCCUUGCAAGAACAUUCGCAUUCACCGGCUUGUUGGACAAAGUCGAUCGAGUGCAGGAAUUGCAAUAGGCAGCGAGAUGUCUGGAGGGGUAUCAGAGGUUCAUGCACAAGAUCUCCACUUCUUUGGUACCAACUCAGCCAUAAGGAUAAAGACUUCGCCUGGAAGGGGUGGCUAUGUCAAAAACAUCCACAUAGCAAACAUGACCUUGACCAAUGUAAAUGCAACCAUAAGGUUAACUGGUCACUAUGGGGAGCAUCCUGAUGACGACUAUGAUCCGAAUGCACUACCUGUAGUUGAACGUAUAACCAUCGAGAAUGUGAGAGGAGAUAACAUUACACACGCAGGAGUUCUGGAGGGUAUCGAAGGAGACACGUUUCUAGACAUCUGCCUGUUGAAUAUCACCCUAAGUGUGACAUCUAAGCCUCCAUGGGACUGCGCUCACAUUGCAGGCUAUUCAGAUUUGGUCACCCCAAAAGCUUGUAAGCUUCUCAGGGAGGAAAUCUUUCCCGAUCACUGGUCUGAUUGUUAUAAUAUCUACUCACAGAACUCGAGUAGCAGACUAAAUAGAGGCAAACAGUGGCUGUCUUGGUAAGUUAAGUUACCAGUUAGCUUCUCCGGUUCAAGCUCGAGUUGCUUCUUGUCAAUUCUCAACAUAGCUGUUCAUUUGCCUUGCAGAGGAAAUUGGUGGCCAGAGGUAUGAUAUGAAAAGUUUGGGAAUGGAAUUUGGCCUAAGUUAGUGGGCUUUGUGGGGAAGUGAGUUUUGCUGUAUCAUCAUGUUGUGCAGUAGCAAAUAAGUCCAGUGAUUCUUUUGUGUCUUCAUUUUGCUCAAUUAAUCCAAAGACUUCAGCUGUCGUUGUAUCUUUCACCUCUCAAUGCCAAAGCUGGCAUUGCCCAUUCAUGUUGUUCAAUUCAUGAGGAAGAAAAAAGCAUGCCUUGCAACUUCCCAUUUCCAAUUGAGAUUCCCAAUCAAGUACACGUGGCCACAUCUGACAGUUCGGACAAUCGAAUAUGUACUGGAAUCAAACUGCGGUUCCAUUGCUUUUGGCAUUAUCAACCAAUUCCAGAAACUAAGAAGGUACCAUCCUCCCCUUCAAGUCCACAAGAUGCCGGCCUAUUCUGUUUUUAGGACCAUUCGUAUACCCUUACAACAUUUGAGUUGUUUACAUGUUCAAUUGGAACACAAGUCCAACGGAAAGUACAAAUCCAGAAAUUAAAUACUUCUGAUCUAAGAAUAAUUUGUUUUUCCUUCUCAA